AGCGUGCCGUCGAGGACGUUGAUGACGGCAGCACAGGCGAGGCCUGGGAGGAGAUCAUGGUUGAUGCUUUACCGCCUGAAGUUGUUGACCUGGAACAAGAGGGUAAGGUGGAUGUGAGAGCGGAAGCGCACGCCGUGGUGCAGGAUGUCGUGGUGUCCGAAGCACCUGAGGUGCCGGAACCAGAGGUGAAGAGCGAGGAGGUGGUGGUCCGGGACACAACCAAGGUGCAUCCUGCGCAUCAACCAGAGACGAAGGCCGAUGAGGUGCUGGUCAGGGAUACGGACACAGCUGUUGUGGUGCAGGAACCGGAAGCAAAGGGUGAGGUGUCAUGGUCUCGUGAGGCAGCUGGUGCGCAGACUACAGAGGCAGUGGCGGUGGCUGCUGCUUAGAUGUCUUUGCUGGUUCAGAGAGAUAGAUGGAGGUGAGUUUGUUCUGUGCUUAUUAUGAUCGUGUUUGAUAAUGCCUGUUCAAUGAGAGUGCCAUUC